GAUGUUAAACAAAGCUGCUGUGAGGUUGAAGGAAAAUGGCCCACCACGGCUUUGCCUUGGUCCUCGGACUGUUGGGAUACCUUCUUCUCGCCGACUGUGAAGUUUUUAUUAAUCAGCAAAAGGCAAGUUCUGUCUUGCACCGAUAUAGAAGGUAUAAUUCUGGAUACCUGGAAGAGCUUCGUCAAGGGGAUCUUGAACGAGAGUGCAUUGAGGAAGUAUGCGAUUUUGAAGAAGCCAGGGAAGUUUUUGAAGAUGAUGCUCAAACGGUGGUAUUUUGGAAGACUUAUAUUGAUGUUUGCUCAGCGAACAAUGGAGAUUGCGGGCAGAUUUGCAGAAAUGAGGGAAGAGGAAGGGCAGUGUGUUCCUGUGUUGAUGGAUACAAUCUGUUAGAAGACCAGAAGACCUGCGAACCAUCGGGACCCUUUUCAUGUGGAACAAUUACAUUGCCAGAACCUAUAACACCCAGACUCUCAUUGGACCAGAGCCACAUCAACGAUACCAAAAGCCACCAAGUGAAGUCAAGCAUUGCUCAGGUUGUCUUCCCGAGAAGAAUUCCUACUCAAGUCUGGGGUCAGUUUAACAGCUGGAAAGGACAGGUUCCAUGGCAGGUUUACAUGUUCAGCUUCGAUAGAAAAGGAUUUUGUGAAGGGGUGCUGAUUAGUGAUAAGUGGGUCCUCACUGCAGCGCACUGCAUGGAGUAUAACCCUUACACAAUUGUGGCAGGUGAAUACGACACCAGGACCUUCGAGCACACUGAGCAGCCCCGUCAAAUCCUGAGGGUGUUCCAGCAUCCUAGCUACAACGAGACUUCCAAAUAUGAGAACGACCUCGCUCUCCUAGAGCUAAGCCCACCGUUCAUCCUGAACAAAUACGUCACCCCCAUUUGCGUUGGGAACAGUCUGCUCACAAAGUACUUGCUAAAGCAAGGAAGAGGCAGCCUGAGUGGUUGGUGGGAGCUUGACUAUUUACAGCAGGUCUCAAACACCCUUCAGCGUGCCGACAUUGAAUAUGUCAGCCAGGUCAAUUGUCUGCAGGAGAACGAGACCCAAUCUUUUCCCAAUACCUUUUGUGCAGGCCACCCUACCUUUGUCAAAAGAGUCUACGAAGGCAACAGUGGAGCUCCAGUAGCUACGGAAAGGAACGGCACAUGGUUUCUAACGGGCAUUGCGACUUGCGGAGCUGAGUGUACCGGGGACAAACCAUACAAUAUCUUCACCUCGAUCACAAAUUAUAUUGAGUGGAUGCAUAGUGUGACAAGAGAGGAGCAGUGAGGAAGAGGCAUCAUGUGGUCGAUCAGUUCCUUUGUUAUCUCCUGACCAUGUGAGGGAGGAGACAUAUAGGAUUCCUAAUUCCUUUGCCCCUUUCAUUUAAUUGCACUACAUACACUUACACAAAAAUGGGUCAUGCUUCAUUCCAGGGGCAUUAUUUUCACUGAAAUCAGAUCCAAUUCGCACAGAAAUUAGCUGGGAACUAAAUAAAGGGAGAAGUGGCAGAGUCCAAUGGGUAAAGCCCUUGGCUUGGAGAAUUUCAAAAACACAUUUUUAAUCCCAUCCUUCUGAGUUUAGUCAAAUCCUACCACACCAUCAGUUUUCUAAGGACCGCCACUUUCUUACCUGGCUGGAAUGAAGGCAAAAUGCAGGAGUAGAAAAAAGAGGAUGGCAAAAGAGCCUGACAAAAGUGUUGAAAUGCGGAAAUUUGUAUGAUUAUGAAGUAUAAUGAAAACAAUAAAUAAAUGGCAGCAUGAAAAAGAUCA